AUGCAUGCUGAAGCCGAGGCUAAUGUAGCGGAGGCAGAAGCUGAGGCUAAUGUAGCGAAGGCAGAAGCUGGUGUGCAUGACUCCCUUCCUGACACGGAAGAAGUAGCAAAGAAACAGAAGUCACCGAAGAUUUCACGGAAGGAGUUAAAAAAGCAAAAAAAACGUGAGGAGUUUACUAAAAUGGUAGAAGCUGCGAAGAUUUCCACCGUUGCGAAUGCUGGGACUUUGGACAACUUCUCUCUCUCACAAGUACCAACGGUUAACGAAAAUCAGUUGGACAUAAAAGUUGAGGGCUUCUCCCUCUCCGCAAAGGGUAAGGACCUUUUCGUCAACGCCUCGCUCCAAAUCACUCAUGGGCGGCGCUACGGCCUUUGUGGACCAAAUGGGCACGGUAAAACCACCUUGCUUCGCCACAUAGCUGAACGUAAACUCGCGAUUCCAGCCAACAUUGAUAUUUUGCUGUGCGAACAAGAGGUGGUUGCGGAGGAAACACCCUCAGUUCAGGUCGUGCUAAACUCUGACACGAAGCGUCUUCAUCUCAUGCAGGAGUUGGAGGAACUAAAAGAGAAGAUUGAGGCAUCUCACGACCCACAGGUCCUCGACCGCUACAACGAGGUUCAUGAGGAACUUGUCGCGAUGAGGGCUGACGCAGCCGAGGGUAAGGCAAGACGCAUUCUAGCGGGUUUGGGAUUUACUGCCGCCAUGAUGGAAAAGCCCACCAAGGACCUCUCGGGCGGUUGGAGAAUGCGCGUCAGUUUGGCUCGUGCCCUGUUUCUGGAACCCACGUUCCUCCUCCUCGACGAACCUACCAAUCACCUAGACCUGAACGCCGUUAUCUGGCUCGAUAAUUACCUACAAGGCUGGAAAAAGACUCUUCUUGUAGUCUCCCACGAUCAAUCCUUUUUGGACAACGUCUGUACUGACAUUAUCCACUUAGACCAGCAGCAGCUCUUUUACUACCGCGGUAAUUACGAUCGCUUUAAGACAAUGCUGGCCCAGAGACGCCGGGAACAGUUGAAGGAGUAUGAGAAGCAGGAAAGACGCUUAAAGGAGCUGAAACAAUCCGGUAUGAGUAGCAAACAAGCCCAGGCGAAAAACCAACGCGAGGCUCUAACUAGGAAACAGACGAAGGGGAAAGCAGCUCAAAACGCGGCAGAAAAAGAAUCCGCCGACACCAAACAGCUGAUCGCCAAGCCCAAGGAAUACGUCGUCAAGUUCCACUUCCCCAACCCCCCGCCUCUGAGUCCACCCGUGCUGGGCCUCUUCAACUGCACCUUCGCGUAUCCCGGUCAGAGGCCUCUUUUCAAGAAUGUGAACUUUGGCGUCGAUUUGCAGACGCGAAUCUCCAUAGUCGGACCCAACGGUGUUGGCAAAUCCACCUUCAUCAAACUCCUCACUGGUGAACUCACUCCUGUAAGGACCUGCCACGGCACACUUAUCGGCAAAUACGAUCAGCACUCCGCUGAUCAACUAAACAUGGCCGAAACCCCCGCCGAAUACCUCAUGCGUCUGUUCAAUAUUUCCUACCAGGAGGCCCGAAGCACUCUUGGCAAGUUCGGCCUGGAAAGUCAUGCUCACACCAUCCCCAAUGCAGACCUCUCGGGUGGCCAGAAGUCGCGUGUAGCCUUCGCCGAACUCUCCAGACGCGCGCCUGACAUCCUGAUUCUCGACGAGCCUACCAACAACUUGGACAUCGAGUCAAUCGACGCACUGGCAGUUGCUGUCAACGAGUUUGAAGGUGGUGUCAUUGUCGUGAGCCAUGACGAAAGACUCAUUCGAGAUACCCAGUGUAUCCUUUGGGUUAUUGAGGACCAGAACAUCGUCGAAAUAGACGGCGACUUUGACGACUACCGGCGGGAGAUCCUGCACGCCCUUGGAGAAGAACUGGCCAAUCCGAGUAAAGUUGCGGCUGCCGCAGGCUGCCUUGAGUGA